AAGGGGCCAUUCGUCGCCACUCGUUGGCUUCCAAAUGCCAUGUUUAUCACAUUCGUGGUGCUCACACUGGUGGAGGUUCUUGCUGUUGAGCAAGGUCGGCAUGUACUUGUAAGGCGCCACGAGGCGCUAGAUGGAUUCAUGCAGCAGGAUGAUGCCGAGCCUCAAAGUCAGGCAGCCAAAGUGAGCAAGGCUUGGGACUCUCUACCGUACUCAAGCUUCGCGGGAAAGAAGGAUUCCAAAGCGCAUCCUGAAGACAAUCUUGAGAAGCCGACAGACCAAGGACAUGAGCACGAGGCCAAAGUUCAGUCGAUGGAGGUGUCUCCUACCGGGGAGGCCCACCUGCAACCCUCAGCCAUGAAUCCAGUCAGAGCUGUGCCGCAGUCACUGGCGCCAGAGGCUGCGCCAAAUCAUCCUCCCAGUGAUCCUCACUUGAGCUCUGGGAAAUUUGGUGCUGAUGUCCCCAGCGCUUCCCACGUCACAGCGGAAGCCCUGGCGGUGGCCGUGGCAGCAGAAGAUGCGGCACAGUGGACCGGUAGCCCGAUCCGAGUAAGCCCGGCAGGGAAUCAAACCGCUCGUUUUCAGGAGAAGGCAGCGAGGGAAAACAAGACAGGAUGGCCCGCACGCCUGGUGCAAGCCGCUCAGGUCCCCAUGGUCUCCGCGCCUGUGAUGUCCGCUGUGCCGGCCGCGCCGGUGGUGGCAGAGGCCGCCACCACGGCCGCGGCCACGACGGUCGCGGCAACGACGGCCGCGCCGACCACGGCAGCGGCUACCACGGCCGCGGCCACCACGGCGGCGGCAACGACUGGGGCAGUGGUAGGGAUGGCAAGGACCACGGAGGAAGAGGAAGCAGAAACCACAGAGGAAAAGGAGGAGAAAGAACCUGAGGAAGAGGAAGAAGAGGAAGAGGAAGAGAAUGAGGACAAGAAAGGAGCUGGUCAAGCUUCCUUUGUGGAGCAGCACUUCGUGCUGCUGGCGGCUGGUGGGGUGGGGGUGGUCACCCUGCUGGUGAUAGGCCAGCCCAGAAGCUUGGUGAGUUCGGUAUGGGGAAUGGCCUACAGUUUUUGCUCCGCGUUGAUAGGAAUGGCCAAUUUUGGAGGAGCCUAUGAGGUUUAGUUUGUUGCUGCCGCAGAUCAUGAUUUGCUCCAAGCCAACCUGAGCUUUUGUGUAGCACUCGCAGCGCGGUAGCAUUGAAAUUCACCAUUGCUAUGGCGGCCAGAAGGAUGCUGGCUGGGGACCCGGA